UCUCAGGUGACAGAUUUUGGUUUUGCUAAGCGUGUGAAAGGUCGAACCUGGACACUGUGUGGAACCCCAGAGUACCUGGCCCCAGAGAUCAUCCUCAGCAAGGGGUAUAACAAAGCGGUAGACUGGUGGGCGUUGGGUGUGUUGGUCUAUGAGAUGGCAGCCGGUUAUCCUCCCUUCUUCGCUGACCAGCCCAUACAAAUUUACGAAAAGAUUGUCUCUGGGAAGGUGCGUUUCCCCUCCCACUUCAGCUCUGACCUGAAGGAUCUGUUGAGGAAUCUACUACAGGUGGACCUGACCAAGCGCUAUGGCAACCUGAAGAACGGCGUCAACGACAUCAAGGGACACAAGUGGUUCGCCACCACAGAUUGGAUCGCCGUAUACCAGAGAAAGGUGGAGGCCCCGUUCGUUCCUAAGUUCAAAGGCCCAGGUGACACCAGCAACUUUGAGGAGUACGAAGAGGAGGAGAUCAGAGUCUCCAUCAGUGAACAGUGUGCCAAGGAGUUCACUGACUUCUAGACCCAACCAGAGAGAGAGGGAUUGAAGGAAGAAGAUAGAGAAGGAGAGGGAAGAAAGGAGUGGGAGAGGGAGAAGGAAGGAAGGAAGGAAGGAAGGAAGGAAGG